GCGUGCGCGGCGGCUGGGUGCGUGAGGAGCGGGGAGCAGGUGCACGCGUGCGCGGCCAAGGGGAGGUUCGCGGGGGACAUGUUCGUGCAGAGCGCUCUCAUGGACAUGUACCUGAGGUGUGGGUCGGUGGAGAAUGCGAGGCGGAUGUUUGCGGCGAUGGAGAGGAAGGAUGUAGUUUCGUGGAAUGCCUUGCUCAGGGGUUUUGUGGAGCGUGGGCAUUGCAGUGACGCGCUUGGGUUGUUAUCCUCAAUGCUGAGAGAAGAAAUGCUGCCUGACCACUUCACAUUUGGAAGUGCUCUAAAAGCUUGUGGAGCAGUCAGUGUGCUCACUAACACGGAGUUGAUUCACACCUGUAUAAUAAAGUUGGGCUACUGGGGUGAAAAGGUUGUUAUUGGAUCACUUAUUGAUGCUUAUGCAAAAUGUCGGAGCAUGAGAAGUGCACGAGUGAUAUAUGACUCCAUAUGUGAUCCAGACCUUGUGUCAUCUACUGCGCUGAUCAGUGGGUACUCCAUGGAUAAAAAUCAUGCUGAAGAUGCGAUGGAGCUCUUCUGCAAGAUUUAUCGUAGGGGUUUGAGGAUUGAUGGUGUUCUGUUAAGCUCCUUGCUUGGCCUUUGUGCUAAUGUGUCAUGUCUCAGAUUUGGGACACAGAUUCAUGCUUACAUGUGCAAAAAGCAGCCAAUGGGAGAUGUGGCAUUGGAGAACGCUCUAGUUGAUAUGUAUGCAAAAGCAGGAGAAUUUUCAGAUGCCAGGCGUGCUUUUGAUGAAAUGCCCUGCCGAAAUGUGGUUUCAUGGACUUCACUCAUUACUGCCUGUGGGAAAAAUGGUUUUGGGGGAGAUGCUGUGAGCCUUUUUGAGAGGAUGUUGGAGGAUGGUGUGAAGCCAAACGACGUGACAUUCCUUUCUCUUCUGUCUGCUUGUGGUCAUUCUGGUCUGACAAGCAAAGGGAUGGAGUAUUUCACUUCCAUGAUGAGCAAGUACGGUAUUGAUCCAAGAGCUGAGCAUUACAGUUCUGCUAUCGACCUUCUUGGCCGUGGAGGUCAGUUAGAGGAUGCGUGGAAGCUAGUGCAGAAUGUGGAUACUGAACCCAACUCGUCAAUAUUGGGCGCUAUGCUUGGAGCUUGUAAAACGCAUGGAAACAUGCCACUUGGAGAAACUGCAGCCAAGAAUCUUUUCAGUAAAGGUGCUGAGAGUUCUGUACACUAUACCGUGCUUGCAAACAUGUAUGCAGAAUCUAAUUUAUGGGAGGAUGCUCAAAGUACAAGGAAAUUAAUGGCUGAAACUUCUGGUGGCAAGGAAGCUGGUUGCAGUGUCCUCUGAAGAUCAAUAAUAAAGUUUUGCUUUCGAAGAUAUUCAGAUAAUGGUCAUUUGUCCUGAUAGAUGCACCAGAUGCUUUUGAAUUACCCUCAGACCUUUGUCCACAAUGAACCUGACCGAUCCAACAUGUAGAGCCUCCACAUCUUUGUAACCUCUAACCGACUUCAUAAUCUUCCCCAUUUGAUUAAGCAGUGAGAGUCUAAUGACUUAUCAGCAGCCAUCAUGUUGGUUCAGGGGUUGCGAUGGUUCUAUUCUACUUGAUAGCAUACCAGGAUUACCAUCCGAAAAGGAAUCAGAACCGAACCUUAGCCUGCGAGGCUUUGGCACAAUUGACCUUGUCAAGGCUAAGCUGGAGCAAGCCUGCCCUGGAGUGGUCUCCUGUGCUGAUAUCCUAGCUCUUGUGGCAAGGGAUGUUGUACUACUGACCCAUGGGCCUUACUGGAAUGUCCCAACUGGGCGGCGAGACGGGUUGAGAUCGGUCAAGGACGACGCUUUGAACAACCUACCCCCACCCUUUUCUGAUGCCACUCGUAAUCUGAACCACUUCUUCAUCCCGAAGGGUCUUGAUGCGAAGGAUCAGGUGGUUCUGCUAGGGGGGCACACCCUCGGCACCUCCCACUGCUCGUCCUUCUCGGACCGUCUGUACAACUUCAGCGGCACGCAGAUGCCGGACCCGGCGCUGGACAGGCGGUACGUGCCGCGGCUGAAGAGCAAGUGCAGGCCCGGCGACAUUACGGCGCUGGUGGAGAUGGACCCGGGGAGCUUCAGGACGUUCGACGCGAGCUACUACCGUCACGUCGCCAGGGGGAGGGCGCUCUUCACCUCGGACGGGACGCUCAUGCUGGACCCCUUCACCCGGGACUACGUCCUGCGCCAGGCGGCCGUCGCCGCUGCCGGCGGCUACCCCGCGGAGUUCUUCACGGACUUCGUGGCGUCCAUGGUGAAGAUGGGGAACAUGCAGGUGCUCACCGGCGCGCAGGGUGAGGUGAGGAGGCGCUGCGGCGCCGUGAACCCGAUGGGCAUGUAGGCCGCCGGCGGUGGUCCGUGAUCAUCGGCCCGUAAAUUAUCGGAAGUCUGUGGCCUGUGGGUAUUGUAUAAUUGAUGUGUAUUACGCGUGUACAUUGUGUGCAUCAUUGUCUUUCUUCAUUUGCAUCGUUUGUUCGUUUGUACGAUGUAUUCAGAUUCAAAUAAAAUGUUUGCUUGAUUGAUUCA